AUGUUUAGUGUGAAUGAGCGUUUGACGGGGCGGAAGUUUGAGUAUGAUGGCAAUCCACAUGAUUUUGGGCCCGAAGCCGGUCCAGAUUCUUACGCGACGUUCGUCAGCGCCGUUGAAAGCGUGGAAGAGGAGAAAUGUCCAUCACCUGGUCCGUUGCGUCAAUCUGCAGCUUCAUCACCAUUUGGGUAUUUCCAGUUUGAUGCCGUCGACAUCAUGGCUGUCGUGACAUAA